ACUUUACGAGGCAAGCUCAAGGAGGUCUUUGACACAGUGACAGCGGAAGGCAGACAAAGAACCCAUACAAGCUCCAUGGAACGUGUGCACUCAUUGUCUUUAACAACUUGACAAUCCGAUUGAAGUAAACAAUGAACAGACGGAGUUGACAUACUAGGAGCCCAUCCCAACACAGCGCAGUGGUCAGCCUUAUAACAACGGAACAUUGACAGAAUGGCACCCGUCAGAUCACUACAACUCAUCAUCCCCCGGUCCCGCCGCACUCUAGAACUCUAUAUCUUCUUAGUCGACCGAGACACCGGCGCCGGCGACUCCGAUUGGAGGCCGGACUGGUUCAAGUACCAGAGAAUACUCGCAGAGGGAUUCUGUAGGAUGCGGGCACAAAAUCCCGACUUGAAGGUGAUCUUUGGCGAGGUUCAUGCUGGUCGGUGGGGGAGAGUGUACCGGGAGCUGCUGGUGCCCGCCGGAGGGGUGGAGUGCGAGUGCGUGCAGUCAUUUCUGCUCACAGAUGAUGCAGGGGAGAGGGUCGUCAGGACGAAGGAGUUGAUUCGGGAGCUGUGGGGACCGCUGUGGGAACCAGCCAGGGACGAAGACUCGGGGCCUGCGACGAUGAUGGAGGAGCCAGAGGACGUGGCGUCUCUACUGGACCGACUUCUUCUUCUUUGAGAUUGCGAUGAUGCAAAUGGCUCUUGAUUUUCUUCUGGAAUCAGUGCUGAGCUCCUUGUCUGAAUUGGUAGUUAGUAU